GGUCCACUCAAAAUGGCGGACGAACCAGCGCGAGAGUGGAGCGAUGAGCAGCUCAAAAGUGACGAUUUGCCCAAAAAAGACCUGAUAAAGUUCAUUCAGGACAAUGCGGCGCAUUCGUUCCUCAACGAGCACAAAUUGCUGGGAAAUAUCAAGAAUGUGGCCAAGACAGCAAAGAAGGAGCAGCUCGUUGUUGCCUACAACGAGCUAUUUGCCAGCAAACGAUUUAAAGGCACAGAGCCCGUGGAAGAAGCGACGAAGCAGAUGAAAGCCGUUAAAAUCGACGACAAGCCCAAAGAGCUCAAGGCGGAAGUUGUGGACGAGGGUCCGCCCAGGUUCACCAAAUCGACGCUGAAAAAAGGCGACAAGACAAACUUCCCGAAGAAAGGAGACACAGUGAGCUGCUGGUAUACCGGGACGUUGGAGGAUGGGACCAUCUUUGACACCAACAUUCCUUCAGCGGCCAGAAAGAAAAGGCAAACCAAGCCGCUGAGCUUCAAAGUGGGCUUGGGUCGAGUCAUCCGAGGGUGGGACGAGGGCCUGUUGACCAUGAGCAAAGGGGAGACGGCCCGCCUGGAGAUCGAACCAGAGUGGGCGUACGGGAAAAAGGGCCUCCCCGACUCCAAAAUUCCACCCAACGCCAAGCUGAUCUUUGAGGUGGAGCUGGUGGCUGUGGAUUAAAGAAGGAAAACUGGGAAGUUCACCCAAAAAAAAAAAAAGUUGUGGUUUUUUUUUUUUUCCAUUUUUCUGUGCAUUGUAUGUUGUUUUACAGGAAUCCCAAAUGUGUAACCGUUUUGUUCCUUUUUAUGUUGUCAAAAUGUAAUGCCCUACUUUUGGGGAAAAUCUUUUUGCUUGCGUAAAAUAUAACUUACAGACAAGACUUCUGUUGUUUUUCC